UCGUCAGCAUGGCUGCCUUCGCAGAUUUGGACUUAAGAGCGGGCUCGGACCUGAAGGCUCUGCGCGGGCUGGUGGAGACCGCUGCUCACCUUGGAUAUUCAGUUGUUGCCAUCAAUCAUAUUGUUGACUUUAAGGACAAGAAACAGGAAAUUGAAAAGCCAGUAGCAGUUUCUGAACUCUUCACAACUUUACCAAUUGUACAGGGAAAAUCAAGACCGAUUAAAAUUUUAACUAGAUUGACAAUUAUAGUUACAGAUCCGUCUCACUGUAAUGUUUUGAGAGCAACUUCUUCAAGGGUCCGGCUGUAUGAUAUUGUUGCAGUGUUUCCAAAGACAGAAAAACUUUUUCAUGUGGCUUGCACACAUUUAGAUGUGGACUUAAUCUGUAUAACUGUAACCGAGAAAUUACCAUUUUACUUCAAAAGACCCCCUGUUAAUGUGGCAAUUGACCGGGGUCUGGGCUUUGAGCUUGUCUAUGGCCCUGCUAUCAGAGACGCCACGAUGAGAAGGUACACAAUUUCCAACGCCCUCAGUCUGAUGCAGAUCUGCAGAGGAAAGAAUGUAAUUCUGUCCAGUGCUGCAGAGAAGCCUUUGGAAAUAAGAGGACCGUAUGAUGUGGCAAAUUUAGGGCUGCUGUUUGGGCUGUCUGAGAGCGAAGCCAAGGCUGCUGUGUCCACAAAUUGCCGAGCUGCGUUUCUCCAUGGAGAAACUAGAAAAACCGCUUUUGGAAUUAUUUCUACAGUGAAGAAACCUCGGCCGUCAGAAGUGGACGAUGAUUCUCUUCCAGCUAGCAAGAAAGCUAAAUGUGAGGGCUCAUGAAGGCGCAUUCUCCAUCAGCCUCCUCCUCCCGUUACAGCUCUCCGCUCACAGUGGAAGUAAACUUGUGCUGAGCGGAUAUUUUCACUAAACUAGAACCAGCAAUCUAGAAAACAGCUUAAUCUCAGACCAUAACAGCGGCAAAGAAAAUCCAGUGAGGCGUUUUCUAAAGACUGGCAGUUCAGUUAAUUUAGAUAUACUUUAAGAUAAAAAGUUUUUUUUAUCCUUUUUAGUAAGUACACCAAAGUAAGAUGUUUCAGUAUUUUAAGAUAUUGAAGAUAAAUAAACUAAUGUUUUUCUACUUGAUACAUAUGGAUUUUGUAUUUUACUAUCUGAAAAAGUUAUUUUGAAGAUUUUAAACCCUAUUAUGGGGGUCACUUUUAUCUGAUUGAUUUUUUAAACCCCUCUUUUAUGUAUUUGUUGAGUUAAAGUUCUUCCUAAAGGACUGCUGACCUUGUAGAAGCAGAAGAGACACUCACAUGAGGUUACUUGUCCCCUUCACUUGCUGCCUUCGAGCAGCAAUUAGAUUCCUUGUUUUCAGUAGAAACUCCUCAGUACCUAAUAGUGACUUUCCUAAUGGCUAUACAGUUCAAAGCAUUUGACUCGAAAAGAAAAGCUUUGGAAUAAUUCAUUUUUAAUAACAAGUUCACCAGGCUGAGUAGAAAUUGUUAUUUUUGUAAAUCUGCAUUUAUGCUAUAUUGAUGUAAGGACCCCCCAAGACAUAGUGCAAUUAACUGAAAAAAGAAAAAGAAUGAAGAGCAUUGCUGAGAGCAAACAUUAGCACAAACAAGUCAUGAGCAUUGCGAAGCUUUAGUCCAGGAAUGUAAGAAUAUCUCCAUUUUAAAAGUUAGGUUAUAGCGGUUCUUUUUAAUGCGUUAUACUUUACCAUAUUAAUAGAAGAAGUGAGAGGGAAAAGACUACUCAAGUAGAUGCCAAAAGAUGUGAUAAAAAUCAAUAUCUACUCUUAAUUCUAUACAUAACAAUGAAAACCCUUGACAAGUGCCAGGCGUGGU